CCUAUAGGUAGGUAUCUGUCAUUUUCCCCUUUUUCAUGUUCCUUGGGAUCUCAAGUUCGCAUACAACAGUCCCUAUUCUCGUAUUGACAGUGUCGAUAUUUUGCAUCAUCCUCACCUCAUUGUUGCCAAGCUUCAUAGAGGAUGAGUUUAGGAAGGAGACGACCAAAUUUUGCCAACCCGUACGACGUUGUGUUGCAUUAUUGCUCCAAACCCAACUACACAUACUUAUCUCUAUGGUGACUUUCCCGAUUAUUGACUGCUAUAGACUAUAUAUUAUAUAUAUAUAUAUAUAUAUAUAUAUUAGCUAGAUAGUUAACCUAAUGAUAUUUCUUCUUUUCACUCUGCCCAGAAAGUCUUCUUUGCCCACGUAGUCCACCCCCAGCCUAUGGUGAGGAUGAAGCUCUUUAGUAUUGUCUGGUUUACCAGCAUCAUCAGUGUCAAUGUCCAUGCCAGCCAGAACAACGAUGUUUCGUUCAACAAAUUCAAGGUAUAUAGGAUAGACGCAAACAGCCAAAGCACUAAUCUGAAGUCAAGCCUCGAGUCUCUGUCUGUCAUUGAACUUGCCCACGGCAUUGGUGACAAUGGCAGUCCAACACUUGAUGUCGCAGUUCCACCUGAGCAUCUUGCGGCCUUUGAAGCCUCUAACUUCAGUUCUAUUAUCCUAAGUGAAGACUUGGGAGUUGACAUCAUGGUUGAAGGCUCCUUGGGAAAGUAUCCAGGUCUUGACAACGAGGGCUUCCCAGAUCUUUCUUGGUUUGAUUCAUACCACGCAUACGAUGAUCAUAUACGAUUCUGGGCUGACCUCCAAGCGUCGUUUGCCAACAACUCGGAACUCAUCCAAGUAGGAUCCUCGUUCGAGGGGAGGCCCAUUCAGGGGAUUCACCUCUGGGGCAGGAACGGCAAAGACUCCAGACCAGCAGUUUUCUUCAAUGGCAACGUUCAUGCUCGGGAGUGGAUCACUUCCAUGGUCGUCGAGUAUCUCCUAUAUCAGAUAGUCACUGGAUAUGGCAACGACACCACUGUACAGGCCGCACUGGAUGACUUCGAUUUCUACGUCUUACCAGUCGUGAACCCGGAUGGGUUCGUCUAUUCCCAAACAGAUAACCGCCUCUGGAGAAAAAAUCGGCAAACGAGGGACAACACAACUGAAGUGGGAACGGACAUCAACCGGAACUGGUCUGUCGGAUUCGGAGGCGGCGGUUCUUCCUCCGACCCAGGCUCGGAGUCCUUUCGGGGCUACCAACCGGGCGACACGCCGGAAUGUGCCGCACUGAUGGACUUCGCCCAGAGCUUAGCUGCUGACAAGGGCAUCAAAUUAUAUAUCGACUGGCAUAGUUAUGCCCAGGUCAUCCUGCUGUCGUACGGUUAUACUUGUGACGAAUUUCCAGCGAAUAUUGACCAGCAAGUAAGCUUAGCAGGUGAAACGGCCGCCAGAAUUGCUCAGCCAUACAACACAAGCUUCGAUUAUGGACCGGGCUGCCUCGUCUUAUACCAGUCGAGUGGGAAUGGUAGAGAUUACAUGACGGAUGCUGCUAGGACGGAGUUUGGAUGGGGGGUUGAGUUAAGAUCAACUUCGUAUGGGUUUUUGCUCCCAGCUAACCAGAUCUUACCUAGUGGAAUAGAAGUAUGGGAGGGCAUGAAAUAUCUUUGGGUUAAUAUGUGA